AUGACAAACUCCCUUGAGUCUUCACGGCCCAUACUUGCCAACAGCACCGCCAAACGCGCCUCCACCCGCAUGUCCACCUACAGCGCCGCACCCACUCUGACUCCCUCAAUUGCGCCCUCGCACCUCUCCGAAGCCUCGUCAACCGCCGGCGAUCCCAAGUCGCAGGACAUCAAAUCAUGGAACGCCGGCUUUAACCGUCUCGAGGACAAGCGCCUAGUCCAACAACGAUACGCCAUGAGCAACGAGAAGACAGACGACAUGAGCAAGCUGGCCCUGGGUGCUAAACUUGAUCGCGCCCUCGGCCGACGCAUGUCGGGCCAGGACGCCGUCUUCCGACCGAGAGCCAUGAGCGAGAAGAAGGAGGUCCAGGCAUAG